AUGGGCGUUGUUACAUCAAAAGAACCGAAGGAGGCAAAACCACUUGAUGCAAGUAAGCCAGCGGAAGCUCCUAAGGAAGUUGUUUAUGAUGCUAAGGUUCCGAUAGUAUUUGAGGAAGAGUUGAAUGGCUUGGAUUUAAUGUUUGGAUUCUGUCGAUUUACGGACAAGGAAAAUAAUACUACCGAUUUUUAUAUUUCAUGUAUUAAGAGGGAAAAGGAUCUUGUUGUUAUUGCUGUUGAUGGAGAAGUUUGUUUUGAGAAGAUUGUAAAUUGUUAUGAAUUUGAGGAUUUGAAUGGAAAAUUAAUGGUCGAACUGAACAUCAACAAAAUAAGAACUGAGCUAGGAUUUAGGAUGAAACCACUUAUGGAUACUUUUUAUGAGAAAGUAUUUGAAUCAUUUUUGGUUCCAUUGGCAGACUUUUAUUUUAAUAAUUUUGAGGAAUCUGAACAUGAUGAAUUAAGAAAGUUGGAAAAAAGAUGUAAAAAAUUAGAGGAGAAAUUGGCCUUCCUUGAAUAUUGUAAAAAAUGUUACGAAGAAGAUGAAAAGAAAAAGAUACCAUCCCCAACUCCUGUCACUGUGGUUAUGCCAGUGAAGGAUGUCUCAAUGGCAGUUGAUGAACCACCUCCUCUCAUCAUUUCAUCCUCCCAAAUUUCAAUGUUAGAAUCCAAGAAAUCACAUCAUUCCCUUCCACCUCCAACCCCAGUUCUCGUUUUGAAACCAGUGAUUGGUAGAAAGCCAUUACCAGUCAUUGAAACACCAAUGACAGUACUUGAGGCCAUUUCUAAACUACUUUCCAAAAAGAAGAGCCUUAUCAAGGAAAAACAAAUUUCUUACCUCGAUGUCGAUGCAUUUAAUUGUGUUGUGAGAGCGCUUACUUGUGGUAAGCUUGAAAAGAAGACCGUGGUGUAUGAAAUAGUGAAAGAUACAUUGGAAACUGUAAAGACAGCUUACAGGAAUAGAAACAAGGAGCAACCAAAAUCGAACACACCUAGUUGGGAUCCUCAAAUUAAUUUGAAAUCUGCACUGAUGAAAAUGUCAUUGUGGGAGUUUGAUGUAUUUGAGAUUCCAGAAAAACCAAUGGUUUCCGUUGGUUUCUACAUUUUCCUUGAAAAUGAUUUGAUGAGAAAAUUUGAUAUUCCAGAACAAACACUAAUCAAUUUUUUAAAUCAAGUAGAGUUUGGUUAUAACAACAAUCCUUUCCACAAUUCAAGAAGAGCUGUAGAGGUUCUACAAGCAGUCAACUUUUUUAUCCACAAUAGUGACCUGGAAUACAUGUUAUCGGACGAGUCAAUUUUUGCAGCUUUAAUAGCAGCCAUAAUACUUGAUUUUAAUCAUCCAGGUUUCAACAACACUUUCCAAAUGAAUACUAAUAGCUAUUUAUCAAUACUGUACAAUAACAGAUCAGUGCUAGAGAAUCACCACCUUACAGGAGCUUUUGAACUACUCUAUUCUGAAGAAAAUAAUAUAUUCAAAGGCCUCUCUGAGGAUCAAUAUCAGGAUAUAAGAGAAACAAUAAUUCAGAUUGUUUUGGCUACUGAUAUGAGCAGUCACUCUUUCACUUUGAACAGAUUUAGAACCAAGCUUGGUAAUGAUCCUGAUGAGGCCGAUUUUUCAUCUCUAGAAGAUUCGAGGUUAAUGUUACAAAUGGUAGUCAAGGUAGCUGAUAUUUCGUAUACUUUCAGAGAAACAAAUCAAUAUUUGAAAUGGGCUGGACUUUUGGAAGAGGAAUUCUUUAUUCAAGGUGAUACAGAAAAGAAAAUGGGGUACCAACCAUCAGUUUAUGGAGACAGAUCUAGGUCACUCCAAAGGGUAUUCCAAAGAACCUAUCUCGCCUCGAUUACUAAUCCAAUUCUAUCGACCUUCACCAAAGCAUUACCUAAAUUAUCAUUCCUCCAAGGAUAUCUUCAAAAGAAUGAAGCAGUGUGGCCAUCCCCAAUGAAUUCCUCUUCAUUCAGAUUGAUGCCAGUAACUAAUAUUAUUGAAAUUGUUAAAUAA